AUGGCUUCCAUGGAGCCUUCCGAAGACGAGGUGUCGCAAGUCGUUGACUUUGCGGGCCUCAACCCCGUCGAUGACCGCAUUAUGAUUAUCAACGCACUGAGAAAUAAUAAUCGCAAUGUCGAAACUGUUGUUAUGCAAUACUUUGACAAUUCUGAAUCGUUCCGACAAAAAUAUGCGUUGGCCUGGAACGACUCAAUGUUUUCAGCAGAUAGAGACGGCACAGCUGGCAACAACGCAGGCAUAUCAUUUCAUAUCGAAUCGUUAGAAGGCAACGACAUUGUACAGGGAGUGACGCCUCCUCCCCCUAGCUACCCUAUUGGAGCACCAUCAAGACCACCAUCGCGAUCGAACAAUAGAUCUCCACUUGGUAAUAUGAUUGACUGGGCUGCGGGAGACGCAGCUGCAGGCCCCACCAUGAACUCUCAAGAAGAAGACGACAUGCAACGAGCUCUGCGAGAGUCGGCAGAAGAAGCAGGGUUUUCUCUGCCUCCACAGGAGUCUGGAGUGAUGGACCACUCCACUUCAACACCGUACUUUGGCCCUGCGAACCGCUCCGAUUAUGAUCAGAGCAACUGGGCUAUGGUCCCUGUUGCGCCACUAAAGGCAAAGUUACCAGGCGCUCCUACGCCGUCUCAAAGAAAGCGAGAUCCCGAAGUUCCCGCGUUCAUCGUUACAGGAUCCACCUCGGUCGGUAACCACAGCUUGGGCGGCCUGCUUACCAUUCUUCACGAGAUUCCAUUGGCGAGAAACAUUCUACUGCAGUGCGGCGCUCCAGCGGCCUCGUAUGGGUUUAAUAGCCAGUGGUGGAAUGGGCAGGAAAUCCUCCCUCCAAAUGUUUUACGCGAAAUACAGACCGAGAACUCGACAUGGGGUGACGGCAACUAUGAGAUACCGAAGGCAAAUUUCGAAGAGGAAAUACAUCGGCUCAUGGCAUUCCUCGAUUCGACGGAGAGAAGUUAUGGAACUGUUAAUACGCUAACCGAAUUACUUGCAAACGCCCAUAAUGGUGUAGAAAGGGCAUUUUACGAACGCUUGGGGUAUGAGGAGAUUCUUGCGCCGUUAUAUCAAGAGGCGUCUUUGGUUAAUGUUGGUGGUGACGAUGUAAGCGGCAAAACUUAUGACGAUGCGAGGUUUGGAUUACUGGUACUCGACCAUAGGCGGCCUGAUUACACUCACAUCAAAACACUCUACGAGGCCCUCGAUUAUUUGAUGUGGGGUGACGUGCUGUCAUGGGCGGAUCCUAAUGAGACGUCAAGAAUGGCCAUGUUCCAGAAUAUGGGCGAGGUGUUUGUCAUCAAGGUUGGCGCUGAAGGCCCCCCCGAAUCAUUUGAAAUUCCCGAGGUCUUCUAUCCUGAGCGAUAUCUGGCUAGCCGUAAGGAGGAAGCCAGACGAAUAAUGUCUGCUUGGUGCAAGACUAAAAACGACAUUGAUAGAGUGACAACGGAAGAGCGGCGGUUGCAGGAAUGGCAUAAUGACUGGAAUCAACUGUCGCUUGAUAAGAGUGAAAUGAUUGCCAAAGCUAAGGAGCAGUGGCAGGUAUUCUUCAAUUAUCUAGAAACCGCUGGACAAUUCCAAGGAAUGGAGGCUUCGGCGUUCGACAUCAACAAGUAUCCUGAUUAUAGGACCGCUCCUUGUCAGAUGACUGACGAGCAGGUUACGCAUUCCAAGCAGGUGAAUGAGGUGCUCCUGCUGACAGAACGAAUACUAUCCGACAUCGAAACAAGAACUGAAGACCUCCGUGCCCAGCUGGAGCAGAUUCAAGCCAAGCAGCGCUUCCUUGGCAGACUGUUGACGAAGCCGGAGAAGCCAGGCCGGCCAAAGCCCAUGACAUGCAAGAAGUAUCUCCUCCGAGGCAUAGCAACCGAUAAGGAUAUUGUCUAUGUCUGUCAGCGAGUCCCUUCGGAGUCGGCGGGCCCAGAGAGCUCAGACGUGCCGACUGACCAGUGGUGGCGACUGGAACUUUGUACCGACGAAGACCAGCCAGUCAAAUCAGAGAAAAUCGAUAUUGAGCGAAUUUUGAAGAGUGUAUGGUACGAAACAAAGACACCGCUGCUCCUAUAUGCUACCGAGGAAGCAGUUUCGACGCCAAAGGCGCCGCUGUCAGAUGCUUUGAACAUGUUUGCCAAAUCGGAUAAUAAGGCAUUCCGACAAGAGCUUAGACAACCUGCCGCUGACACCAGAGAGGAAAGGGUGCGCGUAUCUGUGGAUGCUUUCUCACCUUCCAAGAGAAAACAUAGAGACAGUAUGGAUUCGAUGGAUAGCAACCGGGCGUCUAUUGGCAGCGAGGAUAGAGACCCAUUUGCAAGUGUAUUUGAUGGACAGCUUGAAGAAGCGCAGACGGAAAUGAUAGACAUGUCUGGAAGCACUGUGGAGCACGCCAGGGGCUCCGAAUUUGAAACCAAGUUUGGAGAUCACGGAGUCUCUGCACAGAUGAACGCCGAGUCUGCAACUCUGACCCCGGAUACGCUGGCGGCGGACGAAGGUGAAGCGCAACGGCCAACACCCCCGUCUCUCGAAGUCAGUCAGCCAAACGACGAGAACAAUGUGAUGGAUGAAAGCAUGAAUAAGGGUCCGGAGAUGCAAGAAAGAGCUCGACCACUGACGUUGGUACGACCCUCACAAGCGACCGAGGGAGGAAAGGACUUGAGCAUGGACAUGGAAAUUCCGGAUGUUCAGGACUAG